AUGUCCAGAGAAUCAAACUCCUCCGGUGACCACACCGCAGAGAAUGGAAGCUCCGUUCACCAUGUCGUCCAUAUCGACAUGAGUUUCUUAUCGAAAAUGGAAGGGAAAAUGCAGGAAUUGCCAAAGAUCUUGAACCCAGGGGCAGGAAUAGAUUCUUGCUGCAUCUUCCGAGUCCCUCAUAGCCUAUCGGAGAUCAAUGAAAAGGCGUACCGGCCACAUAUCGUCUCCAUCGGUCCCUUCCACCAUGGGGAGGGCUUCCAGAUGAUCCAGGAGCACAAAUGGCGAUUCCUAGGCGAUCUCCUAUUGCGGGCAGAGAGCAGGAGAGUUGUGCUCAAGGACUUCCUUGAGGCAGUAGCUCCGAUGGAGGAGGAGAUCCGGAAGUGCUAUUCAGAGACCUUGAAAUUCAGUGGCCCGGACCUUAUCGAGAUGAUGGUGCUCGAUGGCUGCUUCAUCAUCGAGCUGUUCUGCAAAGUUGCAAGGAUAGCCCCGGUUCAUCCCGACGGCCCUUUAUUUACUAUGGCUUGGGUUUUGCCUUUCUUAAUGAGGGAUCUCCUCCGGCUCGAGAACCAAAUUCCUUACUUUGUGCUGCAGAAGUUAUUUGAUCUGUCUGUUGGAUCCGGAAAUGAUGGCCCCUCCUUGGCCAAGCUUGCCUUGGGGUUCUUCAACUACAUGGUGCAGAGACCGGUGCACGUGUUGGAGAAGUACUACGAUAAAGAAGGCAAGCAUUUGCUUGAUUUGUUCCGCUUGAGCUUUAUACCCGAUUGCCAGGAGGAACCAAGGAGGCCAGGCAAAUUCCUUCACCUGAUUCAAAGUGCGAAGAAGCUUGAUCAAGCUGGAGUCAAGUUCAAGCUGAGGAAAACUUACAGCAUCUUGGACGUCAAAUUCAGAAAUGGCGUCCUCGAGAUUCCAGUCUUGACAAUUGACGAUUUCUGGAGCUCUUUGUUCCUCAAUUUCGUUGCUUUUGAGCAGUGCUAUUGCCAUUCCUCCAAGUACUUCACAACCUAUGCUACUCUUAUGGGGUGUCUCAUCAAUACGCCUGCUGAUGCUGGGUUCCUAGGCGACCACAAGAUCAUCGAGAAUUAUUUUGGGACGGACGAGGAAGUUGCCCGUUUCUUCAAUAACGUUGGGAAAGAUGUGGUGUUUGAUAUUCACAGGAACUAUUUGUCCAAGGUCUUUGAGGAAGUGAAUGAGAUUUAUCAGAAUCAUUGGCAUGUCCGAUGGGCUGGGUUCAUGCACACAUACUUCAACACUCCGUGGUCCUUCAUCUCGGCUGCUGCAGCUGUGUGGCUUCUGCUGCUUACCAUGACUCAGACUUUCUAUACGGCUUAUCAAUAUUAUAAACCUCCCAAAUAA